UCGGAGGGAUGACGAACCGAUCUUACGGCUCGUUGGCGUUGCUCGCAUCGAGAUCGCGCUCGAUUCUUUCUCCCGACUAGAGAGCUAGAAAGAAAGAGAAGCGAGAGGUCGGCGUCUAAAUUUGCGCCGCUGCGGCGCGUCUGUCAACCCUGACUGCGCGCACGGACUGGAUAGGAGCAUUUGGGAUGCCACGAGUCUCUAAGCUCGAUAAUGGCACGCGCCGACGGGAGACGAGGGAAAGCCUUCGCAUCGAUCGGAUCGAGAAAGCCUCUCUCUCUCUCUUCUCGCCCGAGAGCCUUCGUCCAGCCGCCUGCCUUGCCGCCCGGAAGAGGAGAUGCCGUCGAGACUGCGCUUCUACAUCAGCAGCUACUACGAGACGCGCGUGAGUUAUCGUGCCCCCUUCGCUGCUUUCGGCGGAAUCGAGCGUCGCGUGCUUUUCGCUCGGCCGAGGGGCUCCGCGCCGCUGCCAUCGACAGAAAUCGAUGAGCGCGCGUCUCCAAGUUCGUUCAACUGAUUUCCUCGCAGUGGUAUUUUCGUCCGAGCGCGCAUCGAUGCUUCCGUCAUUGGAUCCGCGAUCGCUGCUCGUGCAGUUAUCUUGGCCGCGCGAGCCCUCGAGCUGGCGCUCCGGGCGCUGAUAAGUCCGGCCCGGAGGACGCCCGAUGCGAUGGGGCAAACGAUCGUUCUCGACGAAAGCGUCUCGCGCUCGGUGCACGGCGCAAGAACAAUGCUAACGCGAGUUCUGGCGGCUGCCAAUAUAGCGAACGAGGCCAGCGGCAGUAUGGCAACAGCAGCAUCGACCAGAGUCAAGCCGAGGGAGCGAGUUGGCUGCCGACUAAGGCCCGUCAAAGUCACAGCUAAAAAGCCCUGUACCGAGCUAGUACAACCUCAACCGCCGCGUUGCUCGCACGCGCUCCACGACAGUCGUUGUUGUCUUUUUCUUUCGACGUUUCUUUCCUUUUUUCGUUGUCGAUUUUUUUCCUUUUUAUUUCAUCUUCUCUUUGCGGUCCGACGAGUAUUUGUGCGCGCGGGGGGUAGAUCCAGUCGAGGGGACAAGUAACGGAGAUUCGAGUGCAGUGGGCGAGCGACACGAUGACGAAGCGCCAGACGCUGAUCGUGAGGAUCAGGAGGCCGUGCAAAUCUGUGUCUUGGGGCAUCAGCAUUGCCGGUGGCUCCGAUUUGGGCACUCCCUUGGUCGUCACCCGCUCUGAGAACGAUGAUCUUCAGAGGGGCGACGUGAUCAAGAAGAUCGACGAGUACGACGUGCGCGACCUGAGGCACGUAGACGCGCAGAAUCUCCUGAAAAAUUCCGAGUCCGUAAAGCUCGCCAUCGAAAGGUCCGGGUUGCCCCACGCCACAUCCUGCGCAUCAUCGCACGAUCAGUCAGACUCAGACAGCGCCGUCGCAUCCUCCGACCGUUGCUCAUUCAACAGCAAGCAGAAAAGUCAACAGAUACCGCCGAUACUGCCGAAGAGUCCGGUGCCGCCUCCUCUGCCGGUGGAGGUGCCGGAGCCCCAAAGGAUCUUCUCGCCGGUCCACUUCAACCCGGCGCACGACCACCUCGACGAGGUUCGCGAGGAGAGAUACUACCUGUCCCAGCCGUACCGCACAACGCCCUUGGUGCUUCCCGGGGCGAAGAUCAAGAAAGAUGCCCCGCUGGGCGAGUGCUACCUGCGCCACCAUCCCAACCCAAUGGUCCGAGCGCCGCCCCAUCACUACGAGGUCGCCAAUCCCGAAGUCGCGAUGAAGCAGAAAGUGGCCGACACCGUGCUCCAGCGAGUCUUGAGCCCGCACGAUCUACCCAAGGUCGUCAGCCAGCAAUUCAAUACGCCGAUUGGCCUCUACUCCGAACAAAAUAUCGCCGACACUAUAAAGUGCCAGGCCUCGGCUAUACCCACGAAGCCGGGGGCCAAGUGGGAUCCGAACCAGAGCGAGGCCUACAAGGCGCUCCAAGAGGAGGGCGACCACAGCGUCAGCCGCGUCAGCCAGCCCACGCGCCAAGGCGUUUUCUCGCCCCAGAGGCCCAGGCAAUCCGGGCCUAAUACCAACCCGUGGCGGCCCAAGAGUCCUGCCAUCAACAUAUACGACAAUGACGGCGAGCAAAUUCACCAGAGCAAUAGCUUCAAGAGAAUCAUGUACACUGUCCUCGGGCAGACAGAUUACUAGACGCAGAGGCGAAUCCGGAAUUCUACAUUAAGACGACAAUUAAUUCUAACGAUAAUGAAUAAAAGAAACAACGAAUAGCGAAAGAUUUCCAAUUCAAAGUGGCCGAUUAUACAAGCCAUUUCCAGAGGCAUCUCGAUCGAGAAUGAAACAAGUGCAAAGAAAAACCUUCAGUAUCACGUCGUUUUUAAGCGGAUCAGAGAUUUUAUUUUUACACGCGCGAGCUUAUUUUUUUAUUUCCAACGGCAUUAUAAUGCACAGAUACACGACAAAAACGAGCCCCGAGACAUUUUUAGUUUCUUCCAUUAUUAUUUGUCUAUCACAGACGCAAUCAUCGCCUUUGCGCUAGCUUUUACCUAAUCAAAACUGGUAUACUUUACGAGACGAUAUUUUAUUGUGUUACGCUUUCGACCAAAAAGAAGAAAAAAACAUGCGAGUCGGUGAUACAGUACUCGUGCGCACGCGUGCUUAUGUACAUAUAUGUUACAAGUUGUAACUUAAAAUGCAAAUAUUGUAAGAAGAAAGAUUAUAUGAAAAUAAAGAUGGUUAACAUGAA